UUAGGUAAAUUGCGUCAGAAAUUCUACGGCGAGCCCAAUUGGACAAACGGUAUGACCAUGUAAUCAUUAUGAGUGUAAUGGGGUCUCAGUCAUUCAUUUCUUCUCUCUUUUACUAUUUAACACGUUGGUGUUGAAGGACGCAACGCCUCCCUCCUUUCACACGUUGAAAAUAUCUGGUCUUAUGUAAGCAGAGCUCAGAGUGGCUGACAGUGCUGUUCAUGCCGUUGCAUGACGUCACCAGAGAAGUCAGUAUACAGAGCCAUGCCAAAAAAUGUUUGUAUAAGACAGCUACAUUGAUUCGACACUAUAUAAGAGUGGACCAACACAUCAGAUGACAUGGACUCAUCACAGACUGAGGAAACCUCACACUGGACUUUGGGCAGCUUCUGUCCUGUGCCUCUCCAGUCUUCGUUCUGAUCCUGGUAUCUUGAUUUCUAAAUGAGAGACAACAUUUGCUUUUGUCAAAGAACUCUAGACCACUGACCACAGUCCAAUUCUUUUUAUUCAAAGCUCAGGCCAGACUUUCACUUGCCUACAAUGGGCGCCUACAGCCACACCAAUAAGGAAGCCCUCUCCUAUGUGACAUCACAAAAGGAACAGUUUUGCAAUGCCCUCUGAAACCGAGCGUUUUGGGCCAUCAUGCAUGCAAACCUCGUUAUCUGAAACUUUGGCAUGGUUUAACACGAAUGCAACAUUGUAACUACAUCUACAAGUCAGAAAAGUGGAAAAAGUAUAACAGGUCCCCUUUAAGCGCUUAUUCAUGUGAUGAUGCCUUUAAGCACAGGACGGGAUCAAAGGACGGGAAAACGCUGAAAACGUGAAUAGUGUGUAUGUGACAUGGGCCAGCACUACUGAGUCUGAAGGCUUUGGGCAGAUUACGAUUACAUUUUCACACGCUGAUUGGGCCAUAAAGCCUGAACAUGCUUCCACUUAGCGGAAGCGCUGCAACCAAGAUGCAAGCUGUAAAAUGAAGACUGUAGAAUCAAAAUUAAUACAAUUUGUAAAUGUAGGUCAGUGCUUCUGACGGUGUUUAGGCUAGCAGAGAAGACUUUGCAGGCCCUGAUGGAACACCGCUGCUAAAAAGCUCCGAAAAUUACUUACGUAAAUGACUUACAGUAAUAACAGUAAACAGCAAAAAGGAACAGGAAGGAAGUACAGCUAAAAGAGCAAAUAAUAGUUUGAAUCCGCAUUUCAAAGCCUCACUGUUCAUUGAGCCUGUUUCUGUAUCCGGCUUUGACAACAUACAAUUGUGUUCUGAAUCAGGGACCUUGGUCUAAAGCCAUACAUGUAUUUCCCAAGGGUGGCCAGGUGUAUUGCUUUCGGGUUCAAGGCAACAGAAUGUGCCUUCAAGUAACACCGAGGGCAUGACUCGCAGAUAAAUGCAUUUUUGUUUAUUUGUGCAACAGAAGUGAUUAAAACUGGCAUUUGAAACGUGAUCUGCUCAAUGCAUUGUACUGGGUUACCUUUCAUUUUGUAGAUGGUAUCCUCUCGGCACAUUGUAGCGCUACUCAUCGGGGACCAGUAAAGCUAUAGAAGUCCCUGACCCUCUUUCUGGGGAUGCCACACAAAGAAGAACUGGAUUCCUCCUCGAUGGGUGUGUCCUUCUCAUGGACUGUUCAAAACAGUGACAACAUAUUCCUUUAACAGUUUUUUUUUUUAGCCCGAGGCCAUAACAAAAGGGGGUUCCAUUACAAAACUCUGACGAGCGCUAACCGCAAUUGUAUCACGCCAAAAGAUCUGCGAGGAAGAAUAGUUCUUCUCACAAGACUGUGGAAAGGAAACUUUGUUUGUGUGUGUACUGUUUGUUAGUCAUCGUUUCCUGCGCAGCCCUCACGAUGCCCAUAUUCACUGCACGCACGCAAGGGAAUAAUGGAGAUUCUAUAUUUAGCAUGCAGUGAUAACAUUUGUAAUGCGUGUGUUUUCAUGUUGUGGAUAAUGAGCAAUACUAAUCAAAGGUUUGGAGACGCUUUCUGAUCCAAGUGCAUGAGAAAGUGUCUACAAACUUUUUUCUACUGCAAUACCUGUAAUGUGCAGAGGACUUUGAACUUCCUUAUUGGAAACAACACUUGUAACAGACAGUGCAUGAUAGUGCAGCUCUCCACUGCUGCACACUGCAAGCACAACAUGAGUAUGUACAAUACCGCUUAUUAAUACAGCUCUCGUAUUGGAUCUCUCUAGAUAACGCAGGUGCACAAAAUGUUGGCUGGCGAUGAAGUGUGUUGGAAAGUAUUAUAAUUUCAAAGUAUGAAAAGUAGGAACAAAACAGUGACGUUAAAGUUACAGCUCAUGUUGCGCUAUUGUCCAACGGACUCCCUCACACGCCCUGUUGUCGACAGUAUAAAUGGCGUCUUGGUGGUGGACCGCUGGGAGAGCAAUAUGAUGAUUUACAGAUCAACGAGACUGGUCCUCCUUGUGUGCCAGCUUGGACUCAUUUUGAGGAUCAAGGCUCAGAUCCCAGCUCAGUGCCUCAGCAGCGACACAAACAGACCACCUGAAAACUCGGACAUCACGGUGGUGUGCGGUACCGAGCACAUGGACCUGAGCAUUUUCCUGUGCCCCAUCUACCAAGAGCUCUACAACGAGUCCCUGAUGGUCCUCAAUAAUGAGUUCGCCAAAAAUGAAUGUUUUGGGGAAGCAGACUGGACCGUCGACCCCCCUGUCUUGAGAUUCAGCUUCCCCAUAAAUGAAAGCUCCUUGGCUUUUUGCGGGAACGAAUUUAAUAUCAUCAACCAGGUCGGCACCGGGAUCUUCGCCGACUUUUCCAACGUCCAGUUUGUCAACAUCUCCGGCGAUGUGACUUCCAUCGAUCCAUCGCCGGGUAUGAUCACCUACAGGCCACAGCUCUUCUACAGGUUCUCCUGCAUCUACCCCAUGCAGUAUCUGCUGAACAACACCCAACUAGGCGUGUCUGGUGUGAGCUUGGCCAUCAAAGACAACAACGGCAGCUUCAUCAGCACACUCAGCUUGCUGCUCUAUUCAGAUGAGCAGUACCAGAUUCCGCUCACAAUCCCAUCGACGGGUCUCCAGCUGAAGAGCAAGAUCUACGCUGCAGUCACGGCCACCAAUCUAACAGACAGGUUCAAUGUGCUGCUAGAUCGAUGCUACGCCACCACCAGCCCGUAUCCCAAUUUCGACUCCUACUAUGACCUUUUUAUCGGAUGCCAACGUGACGCCCAGACCACGGUGGAGGUCAACGGGGUGUCACAGGAAGCGCGCUUCUCCUUUGAGGCCUUUAGAUUCGUGGAGCACAAAAACCUGCCCGUGUCCACGUUCUACCUGCACUGCGUCACCAGGCUGUGUGAGGUGUCCACGUGCAGCGACCUACUGCCGGAUUGCGGAACUAAGAAAAGACGAAGAAGGGAGGCGGAUGACGUGUUGGCUAACGCGACAGUCACCUCGCCGGCCAUCCUGGUGGCCAAGCAGGGUACAGGAGAUUUUCAAACCAACGCAGCCCCUUUUGUGUCGUCCGAGAGGAGCUACAGUGACCCCGUGGUGGGGGUCAUCGUCUGCAUCGUCAUCCUGGCGCUCCUCUUCGCCACAAUGGCGGCUUACUUUGUGUAUUACGUCAAAUGGAGAUGAGCAAUCAUUUCCCUUCCUAACUUCCACAUUCCUGCUGCUCAAGCAUGGCGGCUUGAGGAGUCUGUAGGCCCGAUAAAUGUAAGUUAUUGGAAUUUGGACAAGCUCCCCCAAUUUGUGCAAUAUAGUCAUAUAUACGUAUUGUUCAUUAGAGAUUGAAUGUGGAAUCUAUCGCUCAGAUAAAUGGAUUUGUGAUGUUAAGUUGGCUCAUAAAGAGUUGGGAUGAGAUUUGUUUCAUCCCUCCAAGUCCUGUAGGAAUGCUUAUUAAGACUGUGAAAGUCUUACAUAGAAUAGUUUAGAAUUUCAGUACUUCAAUGCAGCCUUUCUUCUACAUCCAAAUGAUGGUUAUUAUUUUGAUUCAUCUAAAUCAUUUCAUUUUUUUCUAUUUAAUAAUUUAAAAAAGAUAUUCGUCUUUAAUAAAUAAAUCUGUUUAUGUAUAAAUUCUUCUACUCAUUCCUUUUUUUACAUUCAUUUUAUAAUACAUUUUUAAUUACAUUUUUAAUUCGUGUCAUCUAUGCAUUGUUUGUAUAAAUA